UGUCCCAUCCCUAUUAGCACGUGUGACGCUCAAUUGUUGUUCUUAGCCAAUUUUCCCUAAUUCCGGACGAAAGAAACCCCCAGGAUGCGGGACAACACGCCGCCUCACCGGCCGGACUUCGACAAUGGCGAUGAUGAACUGCAGGAGAUAAUUGAGCUGGAGGACCAGCCGCUCGAAGAGGAUGACGACGACUUGGAGGAGGUGACUCUGGAGCAGCUGGAGGCGCGACUUGCCAUGGCCGGUGGCGACGAUGAUGAUGAAGACGAGUUGGAUGAAGAGGAACUGCGCGACCGGGAGCGGAUAGCCAACAUCAGGGACGAGGCGGAGGUCACGUUCAAGAAGCACACGGCUCCUGUUUUCGCCUGCAGUCUGCACCCCUCCUACAAUUGGGCUGUGACGGGCAGCGAGGACGACAAGGCCUACGUUUGGGAGACCUCCACGGGCGACGUCCUCUACGAGAUCACUGAACACAAGGACACCGUCACGGAAGCGCAUUUUAGCCAUGAUGGCGUCUACUUAGCCACCGGUGACCUGUCCGGCGAACUGUUCGCCUUCAAGGUCAGCGAAGAGCGCGAGGAGCGUCCGGUCCUGACUAAGGUCUGGGAUUACUCCAUGAGCGACAUGACCUGGCUCUUCUGGCACCGGGCUGCCCACAUCCUCCUGGCGGGCAGUGAUAGUGGAGAGGUCUUUGUGUGGCGCAUACCCAGCGGCGAUUGUAAGAUCCUGCCAGGCCAGUCGUCGCGCUGCGAGUCUGGAGAGCUCAGUGGUGAUGGCAAGAAGCUGUUCACCGCCUACAUGAACGGAUCCGUGAAACUGUGGGAUCUGAAGAGCUGCCAGGUGCUCAUGGAGGUCAACGAGCAGCAUCCCAUGGGAUUCGGCGAGAUCACGCACGCAGUGGUGGCCUGCGAGAGGGAGUCGCCCUUCUACGUCUGCGCUGAGGGGUCAGGCAAAAUGCUGUUCUGCACCAACAACGGACCCGUUAACACGGUUCAGUCGGAACACGGCAUUGAAUGCUUGGCUUUUGCUCCUUCUUCUGCCGAUCUCAAGCUCUUUGCCUGCGGCUCGCUGGACGGCCGAAUAUCCAUCUGGGACUAUGCGAAAUCCUCGCUACGAACGAUAUGCGAGAAUCCAGUGCCCAACGAUGGUGUCAUAAGGAUCAAGUGGCUCAACGACAACACAAUACUGGCGGCCACGUCGCAGGGCAAUCUGAAUGCAUUCGACGCUCGCACGGGAUCGCUAAAAUUCACGCUGACGGGACACCAUUAUCACAUUUACGAGUUUGUCUAUAAGGCGCCGGAAAACCUGCUGCUGACUGUUUCCGAGGACAACACGGCCAAGAUCUUCAAGGUGCCGGCGCUGGGCGAUUAGUUAGAAUUUAGAAAUGUUGUGCUGUUUAUGUAAAUAGUAAAUACAUAUGAAAAAUUA